AUGACAGAAGGAUUGCUUGCUUUGUUUGAAAACAUUUGUGAUUGUCUGUGGCAAAAGGAGAAGCAAAGCCAUGUAAGGAACAGGAGCCUGAUUCUUGAUAUGUACCAAAGGAAGCAGGAGCAGGGCUGGCAAAAGCCUGGGAGAGCUGGAAACCUGACUUCUCCUCAGAAAUUUCUGAAUCAGGACUUUGUUGAUCUGAGAGACCACUGCCUGAGUCGCGGCAUACUUUUUGAGGAUGAUACUUUCCCUGCAAAUAUCAGCUCCAUUGGGCCUUCCCUGAAGUCAGAAUUUGAACUGCAUAAAAUACAGUGGAUGAGGCCACGUGACAUACUAAAAAAACCCAAAUUAAUUGUGGAUGACGUGAGCAGAUUUGAUAUUCUCCAAGGAAAAAUAGGUGACUGCUGGCUUCUAGCAGCGCUGGGCUCUUUGACACAGCAGAAGCGAUUCCUGGACAAUGUUGUUCCAAGAGACCAAGACUUCGAACACAAUUAUGCAGGGAUUUUUCAUUUUCGGUUCUGGCAUUUUGGCGAGUGGAUGGAUGUGGUGAUAGACGACCGAUUGCCAGUUCUCAACGGGAGUUACUUUUCAGUCCACCCACGUAGCUCAAAUGAAUUCUGGCCAUGUCUACUUGAAAAAGCCUAUGCCAAGUUGCGUGGCUCUUAUCAGAAGUUGCACUGGGGCUACAUUUCAGAGUCUUUAGUGGACUUUACAGGUGGAAUCCAAAUCUCUUUUCUCAUUAAGAAGCACCAUUCUAAUUUGUAUGAGAUAAUAGCAGCAGCUGUUAAGUCAAGAUGCCUGAUAGCAUGCACCACUCCUGGAGAGCAGACAAUUGGUAACCCACAAUUGGAGAACGGGCUCGUGUCGGGUCAUGCAUACACUGUGACAUGGGCCGAAGAGGUUCCAUACAGGGGCAGGAAUGAACGUUUACUCAGAAUUUGGAAUCCUUGGGGCCAAGGAGAAUGGAGAGGACCUUGGAGUGAUGGUUCAAUGGAGUGGAAUGAAAUUCCCAUCGAAUAUAAGAACUCCCUCCAUCGGAUCAGUAAUGAUGGUGAAUUUUGGUUAUCAUAUCAAGAUUUCAUUGCCAACUUUUCCUACGUGUGUAUCUGCAAUGAUGUGCCAACAUUUCUGGACUAUGAAGAGUAUGGCAAUGCAGCAUGGUCCUUGGAUAUGCAUGUCGGCCAAUGGCCCCAUGGAUUCUCUGCAAGAGGAACCUCUGGUAUCUUUUUAAGAACAGCUCAGUAUUCCAUCCAGGUGCCAGAGCCUGAUCUGAAAAUCGAUAACGUUGUGGUAUCACUGAUGCAAAAGCCUCCAAAUAAUGCAAACAAUUCACAGUUACAGCCGAUUGGCUUCCGGAUAUUGAGGGGGGAAGCUAAACCUCAAGAACCAAACUUUCCAUUGACAGCUGAACAAGAGACCUCGUAUUUUUUUAAUUUGAGCCCUGGGAUCUACACACUUAUUCUGGCUACAUCCAACAAAGGCCAAGAGUCUGAAUUCCUUCUACGAAUUUUCCAGAAGAAUCAGAGCAAUAACAGCUUUGCUGGUUUCUUUUGCAAAGCUGUUGGAGCAACUUUCGGCUAUACAGAACCUGCUGUCCCUGAGACGCUAAUUGGCAAGAGUCAGAUAAUUAUAAGGGAACCAGAUACUAAACGCAAUCCAGUGGUGCCAACGAUCCAGGAUAUGCCCAGGUGGAAUCACGACAACUCUUAUGAAGACGUCUUUCAAAGAUAUGCUAAUCAGAGAUCCUACCUGGAUGCUUCACAACUGCAAAAGAUCCUUAAUGAUGUAUUCCUGAAAGAUCUAAUGGUCGGUGGGGGAAGAGGAGAUAGAUUCAGCUUCGAUUCAUGCAGGAGCCUUUUAGCUCUGAUGGAUUUCUACGAUAAUGGAAAACUCCUACUGGAAGAGUUUCAACGGCUGUGGAGGUAUCUCAACAAAUACAAGGAGACUUUUAGAUGGGCAGAUGAAAACAAAUCUGGAUUCCUGGACAUUUCCGGUUUGAAACGAGUGGUACAGAUGGCAGGGCUGAGUGUUGAUGAGAAGCUUCUCCAGCUAAUGGCAGUAAGAUAUGGCGACUCCUCUAUGAGAUUCAGCUUUCCUGAUUUUGCAUGCUGCAUGAUUCGUCUUGACAUCAUGGAAAAGGCCUUUCAUAAUUUAUCUGGAAGUGGGAGACAAAUCUCUUUCUCUGAAAAUCAAUUCAAGCACAAAUCCACACUGAAGUGGCCCGAGUAUAUGGAAAAAAACCUUCCAUAUGUAGAGUCCCUCUGCCAAACUAAAGAAGCUGCUAUCUUAGGUUCUACACCCAGUUUGAAGGAAUUCAUCCUCUAUAAGCUUGGAAUGCCUCCCGGGUCACUGCCGUGGCCUUUGCCGGUGGCCGGACGCUGGACGCCGGCUCCAGCGGCGGCCGGAGACCAGCGGCUGACCCUGCACGCUGGCGCUGGGGCCACAAACACCGGCAUGCGCCUCCCAGACACUGGUGCUGUGGGCCCUUGUGCUGGUGUGGGCCACCGCCAGCCUCCAAAGGCCUUUGGGCGCAGCCGCCAGUGCAAGUCAGGAAUGCGCUGUUAG